GCGGUCGUCCCAGGGGGCCUUGACCACAGCAGGUCACCGAGGCGCCUGGCCGCGGAGGACCAGCCAUUCCCGGACACCGACAUCGGCCUCUCGGCGGAACUGAGCCGCAUCAUCGACGACCAUGCCGCGAUGGAGGAGCGGACGGCCGAGUUGGAGAGCGAGCUGCAGGCCCGCUACCGGGACGAGCUGUCCAGGGCUGAGGCCGAGCACGUGCAGCAGCUCAGGCAGGAGUUGCAGGUGCACCAGCGGCAAGCCGAACAACUGGCGGAGGACCGUCGGCAGCAAGCAGUGGUCUUCGUUGAGACUGCCAACGCGCAGGUUGCCCAGGAGGCCCUCGUGCGAGACGCUGCCCUUCGGGACGAACUUCGCGGCUACGAGGUCUCGCUCGAGGAGUCUGCCGCCGCGGAUGCCGUGGCCCAGCGGGCCCGUGCCGCGGAGGAGAUCGCCGCGCACUUCCGGGCGAUCUGCCAGCACGAGGCGAGGCUCGAGAUCGACGCCCGGGACAGAGCCUUCACGGAGCUCGGGGAGGAGGUCGAGCGUGACGCGGAGGAGAACUACUUGGCUGUCCGGGCUGAGGCGCAACGCGAGGUGCUCGUGGCCAGGCAGGCGGUGGACCAGCAGGUCGUCGCCCUGCAGGGCGAGGUCGCCAUAGCUAGCGCCAGCGCUGCCAGGGCCGAGGGCAUGCAGCAGGCAGAGGUGGCGGCUUCUCGCGACGGAUUCCGUCGACUUCGAUACCAGCAAGAGGUCGGCGACGCGGAGAUCGUCCAGUUCAAGAGGGAAGUCGACGAACUGAGCGACGAGCUCGACACUCAGAACCACGAGCUGGAGCUUUGGAGUGAGCAGGGCUUGGAUGCCCAGGCCAGGUUCGAUUCCGAGGCCGAGCAGCUCCGCGAAGCCAACGAGCACAUGCUGGAGUUCUCGAGUCAGGCGAAUACCUACAUCGAGGGGCUCGCGGGGGUCAUCGAGAACUUGGAGAAUUCUCUGGCCGCCGAGACCAGCUGGUGGUCCCAGGAUCCGCCGCCUCGCUUGGGGCUGCCGCUCUUGCAGCUGUUCCUGCAGCCGGCGGAGGGUCGUGUCCGCGAUUACGGCCGGGGGCUAUCGGAUUGGCGAUGGCACGGCGCGGGCCGGUCCGUCGACGGCGCCGCCUGCGGCGCCGACUUCGCUCGUGACCCCGGACCCGGCACGACGAGCAGGGCUGCAACGAACCCUGCUGCCCCGGUUAUGUUCUCGCUGGAUUCGGACUCGGAGAACGAGGAUGAGGCUUUCAUGCGACGGCGCACGCCGGUCAAGGAGAUGAAGCUGGAGGCCUUGCCGACGGCCCACGGCCUGCGCAAGUGGGUGAACGACUUGGUGUCGGAGGCGUGCCGGUGCUCCAACAGGUCGAAGACCAGGACACUGAAGUAUCUCAGGGAGGUCUUCUUCGCGGCGGACGUCGAGACCCUAGAGACGAUUCCGUCUAGGCGGGACCCGUUCGACACCGAGCUCGCGAGCGCCUUGAGGAAGGUUGCCACCGGAGGCGUGGGCAGAGAGGUGCAGCUCUACCAGGAGCGGUGCGCCCGCGAGAUCCGCCCGUUCGGCGGCAGGCCUGUGCUAUACAUGAUCCUGAAGCGGUACGAGGUGAACUUUGGCCAGGCGCUCCACGUCGAUCUGUCCACGAUUCAGGCGCUGAAGUUCAGUGGCGAUCUGGAGGCAUAUUUGGACGCCCUCGACUCACGUUUGUCGAUCAUGAUGAAGGAGCCGGAUGAGGCACUAUUGUUGGCAAUCGUCGUGCCAGAGCUCCGGCAGCGCCCAGACUUGGCUCUCGAGUUCCAGAUCUUCGACAGGGCCACGCCUGGCAGCAACGAGCAGACCCUCGAGUACCUCUACGACGCUGCAAGGGCGCUCUGCGCCCGUAAGCGCCAGCAGAAGACGGCGGACAACCUCGCGGCGCCGCCGAAGAAGGUGCAGCCGCUCGCCAAGGCGAAGGCCAGAGCCGAGGCGAAGACCAAGGCUGAGCCAAAGGUGAAGGCGGACGCGCGGGCCGGGGCGGCGAACCAUGAACCCAAGCAAUUCCCUUGCGCACUCUGGCGAGCGGGGGCGUGCAAGUUUGACAGAGACUGCAAGUUCAUGCACUAUAAGAAUAAGGUGCACGCGCCCGCUGCCGGCUACCCCGCGGGCACCGUGGUCAAGCUUGGGAACCAGCCUGGUGAUGAUUGUCGCCACGCGGCGAACCCCUCGGAGUGCCCCUUCGGCGAUCGAUGCAUCUAUCGCCACGGGCCCGACGACAAGAGGGGGAAGAAGAAGGUGCUCCUUGCCAGCGCUCCGUGCGUCGGUGCCGGGCUCGACGACUUCGCGGGCGAGAUCUGGACGCUGGACUCCGGGAGCGCGUUGGAUGCGACGGGCCACGUCGCUGGCGCUAAGCCGCAUGAGAUCUCGCAGCCGGGCGCCAUCGACACCGGCAAGGGCGAGUCGCGCAUCGACAGUGCGGUGAUGACCCACCUGGACGAGCUUGGGGAGGAUAUCGAGGCCGCACUUUUGCCAGACGCCUCGGCCACCACCAAAAUCCUCACGAUUGGCAAGCGUUGCGCAGAGAUGGGAUACGGCUUCUACUGGCAUCCCUGGGCGCCAAAGCCGCAGUUCGUCAGGCCAUCCGGUGAGGGUUGCCAGGUGUGGUGUGACAGGGAUUACGUGCCGCACCUCGUCACGUCAUCGAGGCCGGCGGGCCCUGCUGCCCGGAAGGUGCUGGUCGGGACUGCGACCGGAGACGGAUCUGAGGGUCCGCCCACGCCGCCGAUGGAGUUGGCCACGCUACUGACCGAGCUGGCCGACGUCGCAGCGCUGUCCCCGGAGCCCGAGGAGAUCGCCGGGAUGGAUCGGGAAGAGCCCCCGCUGUUCGAGCAGUUCUUCGAGUCGCCGAUUCCCGAACAUGACGUUGCGGCAGUCGCUGGAGAGCUUGGCGCGCCGCUUGUCGAGCAGGAGUCGGUUGGGGACGUCGUGCGAGUGUUGGAGGGGGGCUUGACGGACUUUGACGCGGAUGCCAUGUCCGACCCUACGGUGUUCCAGAAGAUCGAGGUUGCGGAGUCGCCCGACGAGGUCGUUCUCGACUCGGGGGCGGCACACCUGACGAUCGAGCACCUGUCGCGCCACACCCCUUCGAUGCCAGACGCCUGCCCGGGCUGCAGGGCCGGCAAGCAUUGCAAGCCCCACUCGCGACGGCGAGACCCCGCUUCCAGGGGGAUCGCGAUUCAUGCUCCUGAUGCGGAAGAGCGCCCUUUCGGAGCCUGCGUCCACUUGGACCACGCCGUCAUGCCUCACGGCAGCCCCGCGGCGGAGGUCGCCAAGGUCAGCCUGAACAUGCUCGACGAGAGGACCCAGUACGGCGGCGUGUUCCCGAGCUCGAGCAGGAAGGCGGAGGUCGUCACUGCAGCGCACCACCUCUUCGACGACGUCUCCCCGCAGAUCAGGCGCUGGUGGGCGGACAACGCCCCGGAGCUCAAGACGGCAAGCCGGAAGCUUCGGGAGCUCCACCCUUUCGCGCACUUCUGCUCCAUUCCUCACGUGCCACAGUCGAAUGGCAUCAUCGAGAGGUUCAACCGGGCGCUGCUGGAGGGUGCUCUCGCGCUGCUCGCGAUGGCGGCUUUUCCCGUCACCUGGUGGCCGCUAGCGCUGACGAUGUGGUGCAUGAUGCACAACGGCUUCAAGAUCGGCAAGGACGGCUUCACCCCAUAUUUUCGACGUUUCGGCCGCCAUCCUGAGUUCCGGCAGCACCCCUUCGGCGCUCUCGUAUUUGUGGCGCCGCGGGAGAAGGGAGUCAAGCAGCCCAAGUGGCAGGAAAAGAUGCUACCCUACGUGCUUGUCGGCAUCGGGAUUGGCCCUUGCUUCGACUGGAACAAGACGUACGCCGUCGUCCCUCUCCGCAGGCUGCUGGGCGAUUAUCGGCCAUCGCGGUCAUCUAUUAGAUAUUCUGCCGAGGUCUUCUUCCCCGAGCGCGUCACCUUCCCAGCGAAGCAACGCAACGAGUACGACGGCGAGCUCGCGGAGAAUGCGCCCAAGCUGGUGCCGGGCAACUUCAUCGAAGACAUUGUGCUGGACCUCGAGAACCUGGCCGACUCCGGCGGCGACCAAGAUGACUGGCUUGGAGCUGAUGCCCAGUUUAUCGCUGAAGAUGUUCUUGCCGGCAUGGGGCCGGAGCCGGAGCCCCUCGACGAGGCCGAGGUCAAGGCUGCAGGGGGGCGCCCGCCGACCGGCUGGAGGAUCGACACGUUCGGCAGCCGAGCGGUCUCUGUCCCGCCAUGGUCGCGGAGGCCUCCCACCGUCUACCCGGAGGCGUGGGUCAUGAUGAGCAAGGGGGACCAGAACAAGCUGAGGGACGA